UGUUUUCCUCUCCUGAAAUUUUUUUUUCUACUUUUCUUCUUCCUUUGAAUGGGUAUACUUCUGUUCUACUUAUUGGGCCAUUUAGUUUAUAUAGCACGAUCCAAGUAUCAACAGUACACUAACAACAAGAUGGAGAAAUCUUUCACUGGAGGAGCUACCAGCUCUAUUGCUAAUUCAGCACCAAUUUCAAUUUUUUCUUACUGUGCUUCAUCAAUUUUGAUGACGGUUACUAAUAAAUAUGUGUUAUCUGGUUAUAAUUUUAAUUUGAAUUGUUUCCUUUUAGCAGUUCAAUCAAUUGUUUGUAUUGUUACCAUUGGUACUUUGAAAACUUUUGGGGUUAUUACUUAUAGACAAUUUAAUAAAGAUGAAGCUAAAAAAUGGUCUCCAAUUGCUUUCUUAUUAGUUGCCAUGAUUUAUACUUCUUCCAAAGCUUUACAAUACUUGUCAAUUCCAGUUUAUACUAUUUUCAAGAAUUUGACCAUUAUUUUAAUUGCUUAUGGUGAAGUUCUAUGGUUUGGUGGUAAAGUUACUACCAUGGCUUUAGGUUCUUUCCUUUUAAUGGUUUUUUCUUCUAUUUUGGCUUGUUAUGGUGAUCAAAGUGCCGCCAAAUCUCCUGAUGAUACUUUUUCUUUAUACUUGGGUUAUUUCUGGAUGUUUACCAAUUGUCUUGCUUCCGCUGCAUUUGUUUUAAUCAUGAGAAAAAGAAUAAAGUUGACCAACUUUAAAGAUUUUGAUACCAUGUACUAUAAUAACUUAUUAUCUAUUCCAAUUUUAUUGAUUUCUUCUUUUAUUUUUGAAGAUUGGUCUUCUGCUAAUGUUGCUCUUAACUUCCCUCCUGAUAAUAGAACUGCCACCAUUGUUGCUAUGAUCUUCUCCGGUGCUUCUUCUGUUGGUAUUUCUUAUUGUAGUGCUUGGUGUGUUAGAGUUACUUCCUCUACUACUUAUUCUAUGGUUGGUGCUUUAAAUAAAUUACCAAUUGCUUUAUCUGGUUUGGUUUUCUUUGAUAGUGCAGUCAACUUCUGGUCUUGUUCCUCUAUCUUUGUCGGUUUUGUUGCUGGUUUGGUUUAUACCGUUUCUAAACAAAAACAAGCUAAAGAAAACGCUCAACAAUUACCUUCUAGCUCAAAAUAGUUUGUUUUAAAAGUGCUACAUUUUUAUUCUUAUUAUUUUGAUUCCU